AUUCCUGAACAACCCAAUUCGAGAAACGGAAUCGAAGAGCGAGAGAGUGCGGAUUUCUCUGAAAAGCCCUAACAUUGUUUGGUUGAGUUAGCAACAACAAUGGCACUGUCGCAGUGGAAGGAAGCUAUACUCGAAGGGAUCUUCAUGGAGAUUGAGGAUGGUGUUGUGGAGGAGAGGAACCUCGAGCGGUUAGAGAAUCUAGUGGAGAUUCUACACAAAGAAGGUUCUAAGGUACCCGAAUCAGUCAAGGAAGCGUUCUGUAAAGUUGCUGUGGAGUGCACGGUCAAGUGUCUCGCUUUUGAGAAAGAUGCAAAAAAGGCUUAUACUGAAGCAAUCAGAUCCAUAUGGGUCCUUAGGAUUAUGCCUUUAUGCGAUAAGGUUAGUUGUUUGGUUACUAGUGACCUCUUGAAUAGCUGUCGAAGAUUAUGGACGGCCCACAGUGACGAAAAGACUUGUAAGAGUCUGAUGGAUGAGAAUACGAGAGACAAAGCUUUGGUUAGUUUGAGGAAGGUUGUUUCUGAGUUGAAUCCCAACCUUGUUGCGGAGUUGAAUCCUAACAUGGAUGAUGCAUCAGACGAGAUUGAAUCUAGUGAAGAAUCUGAAGAGACAGAGUCAAUGGUCGAAGCAAGAGAGAAUGAGGUCCUUAAAAAAAACAGUAUGGCUUCUAAAGCUAUGGAUGAAGACAAAGAGAACCUAUCAGAUACUGAACUGGAAAGACCCACUUCUGGAGGGUCAAAAGAUGAAUCUUUGCCCCGUCGAUACAAGACCAUUUCAUCUGCAGUUGUUGACAGAGCGCUCAGAAAGCUUAGAGCUAGUAAAAUGGAGCUGAUGGAAGCUUUAGAAAAAGGAGGACCGUCAAAUUUAAACAAUGAGCCGAUUACAGAACAAGAAAAUGAUGUUGCUAAUCCUUCUAAAACAAACAUUGCAGCAAGGCCUAGCUUGAUGGAGCGACGUACCACAGCACAUACUUAUGAAUGGGAAGACUCCAUUGAUGAUUCCGAUGGGGAACUGGGUGAUGAUGGUGAAAGGAAUAAUAAAUUAAAACGUAAAAAAAUUGUCAUGUCUCCUUUGAAGAGAAACCGAAGUGCAGAAGGUGCUAGGAGGAAGAAAGUCCCGUGGUGUACUGCAGAAACGCUGGCCGUACUGAAAGGCUUUGAAAAGUAUGGUGCAAACUGGAAGCGGAUCAAAGAUGAGAAUCCUAUUCUAGUUCGUAGAACUAAUGGUGAUAUUAAAGAUAAAUUUCGAGUUGAGAUGAGGCGUGAAGAGCGCCGUCCUUGAGUAGGAACUGGAGUACUGGAGUAGGCAUCAGACCUUUCUUGUGUAGACGAGUAACAAGAACUGAACAGUGACCCAUAUGGAAUGUAAAAAAACUGGGUAACAUUUUGUCGCCUUUUGUCUUUAAGACACGUAAAAGUUGUGCGUAUGAUGAUGAUAAUAUCUAGUAAAUCGGUUUGUUAACCAAACUAGGCUCCUUAAUUAAUCUAAUAACAGUUCAUGUCAGUUUAUAUUAUGGUUUUUAUUGGA